AUGAGGAAUAAAGAAUUGUAUUAUCGGUUAAGAAAUAUGGAAGGACAAUUAACUAAAAAUCUGAUGGAAAAGGGCGUAUUGACAACAGAGAAACAGAACUUCCUACUUUUUGACAUGACGACACAUCCCCUCACCAACAACAACAUUAAGCAGCGUCUCAUCAAGAAGGUGCAGGAAGCUGUUCUUGACAAAUGGGUGAAUGACCCUCACCGCAUGGACAAGCGCUUGCUGGCCCUUAUUUACCUAACCCAUGCCUCAGAUGUUCUGGAGAAUGCUUUUGCUCCCCUUCUGGACGAGCAGUAUGAUUUAGCCACCAAGAGAGUGCGGCAGCUUCUCGACUUAGAUCCUGAAGUGGAAUGUCUGAAGGCCAAUGCCAACGAGGUUCUGUGGGCGGUGGUGGCAGCCUUCACCAAGUAACUCUGCUCAGAAUGAAGUGUUCUCUCUCUCCUGUAAACCAGUUGCUUCUAUUCUAUAGACU